AUGUCAUCUCCCUCUAUACCAAUGCCCUCCCUCCCUCCUAGUCCAUUGGCCAUGGAGUACCUGAAUGACUUUGACCUACUUAAGUUUGAAGUGAAGCCCGACACACCUCCUUUGCCUCCUCCCUGUCCACACACCAAAUCUAGCCUUCCACACAACCCCUCCAGCUCUCCUUAUACCAGUCACCCACCUCAGGACUCCAGCCUCAACUCCAGUCCCUACAACUCUCUUCCCCCGUCCCCAACGCUCAGCGAUGCCCAACAACCCCCCUCCUCCUCUUCAUGCCUUUCCUCAUCCUCUUCCUCAAUGUCCUUCCCCCUCUCCAUCUCAAACAGCUAUAACUCUGGUAUUAGCACAGGAUCCCAGGGCAAUGUUAAUGGCAGCUCCACCCAUGGGGGUGCCCAGGGACCUAAUCCCGCCUCUCUGGAAGACCUUAUCUGGCUGGCUGCGCUGCAACAACAGUUUGGGGGGGAAGCAGGGGGACCUGCGUCCUUGCUUGGGGCACUUGGAGGAGGGCUGGAACGGGGGGACAGAGAAAGGGGUCCAGUCGGAAGUUUCCUGGGCUGUGAGGACACAGUGGAGGCUUUACUUAACUCAGCUGCUGCAGCAGUUAGCUCGCAGUUCCCCGCACUCUCACAAAGCUCCAAUAGUAACCUGGGAGACUCUGGCAGCGACAGUGGAGGUGACAUCUCCUGCGCAAAGGGAGCAGAAAUAUGCCAUCGUCCUCUACUUUUCCUUUCCUCUGCUCCUCCUUCGCUUCCAAACACUACCCCCUCCUCAGCCCCCUACCCCCAAACUCCCAGCCCUCAGAGCCGACUUCAUCACCAUCAGCAUCAUCAUCAUCACCACCACCCUCAUCAUCCCAUGCAUGGCCACCAUCACCACCAUCACCUUCAAGUCAGUCAAUGUGGAGUGGAUGAGCGUUUCUCGGAUGAGCAGCUAGUGAGUCUGUCGGUCCGGGAGUUGAAUCGACAUCUGCGGGGUGUGAGUAAGGAUGAAGUGGUACGUCUUAAGCAAAAGCGCCGUACGCUAAAGAACCGGGGCUACGCCCAGUCUUGCCGCUACAAACGUCUUCAGCACCGCCAUGCACUGGAGUCUGAGAAACAUGUUCUCACACAACAGUUGGAACAACUACAGAGUGAACUCUCUCGAGUGCUAAGGGAGAGAGAUGCCUACAAGGCUCGCUAUGAGAAACUUGUCAGUACAAAUGAGGCUUCCAAUGCUUGUGCCAACAACCAACCUUCCCCACACCCUGACUACUUCCUCUGA